AACACGAACAUCAAAACCGUGAUGUAUCAUGGGUAAAUUGUGACAAGGCUGUCUAGGUCUCUCCUUCUGACCUUCUGCAAACGGUUUUGAAGAGAGUCGAGUGGACCGUUCUUUGUUCGUUAUACCCAUAGAGAUAGAUACAGGACUCAUCUUUAUAUCUGUGCCAUUGUAGCGUUUGUAGUUUAGGAAUGGGAAUCGCCAUUGCGGCUACAACUCCUAGGAAUCCCGGUUUAUACCUCAUUGGAGAGGACGCGAAGUGGAAGCAAUUGAGAUUGCCCCAAAAGUAACCAGAACAUUCCCCCAAUGCAUUGUGGGUGUGUAGUGUUUGCUAACUUUCACGACAUUGCAGCAUAGACGGGCCACCUUCAUCAAGGUCUGGGGUGUAGACCUAUCCAGUGACUAACUUGUCAGGCAGAAUGGAUCCCAUGUCUGGUUCAACAGUUAAAGCAGAGGGCUUUGUGGUCGCUCACCCCUAUGCUGGCUCACCACCCCAGGGAUGCCCCAUGCAAAAGGAGACAAAACCAAGUGCACCAUUACCACCACCAGAGUGUCCCAUGAACAAGGCAUCUACCUCGGACCAGGUUGAGUGCACGGCCCCCCCAACAGCCCCAGCUUCAGACCAGGCAGGGCCAACACAUCAGGAUCGGGCAUACGAGUUUGUGGAGUGCCCCAUGAAAGCAGCCAACAGAGAGAAAUUUGUGUCUGACAUCGAUAUAGCAAACAUGAUGCCGCCACCCAAUCAGCAGCCUGCCCCAGGUCAGCCCUUUAAUCUGUCAGUGAACAGAGAGGAGUCCCAGAUCCCCCGGGGUGGUACAGAUCAGAACUGGGUCUACCCCUCGGAACAGAUGUUCUGGAAUGCCAUGCUGAGGAAAGGAUGGCACUGGAAGGAUGAAGAUCUUGGUCAAAAAGACAUGACAAACAUCAUCAAGAUUCACAACCAGAACAAUGACCAGGCAUGGCAGGAGAUCCUCAAAUGGGAACAAUUCCAUAAGAAGGAAUGUCCAUGCGGACCCUCCCUGUUACGGUUUGGAGGCAAAGCAAAAGAAUUCACUCCUAGAGCCAGAUUUCGCCACUGGAUGGGGUAUGGCUUACCGUUUGACAGGCACGACUGGAUCGUAGACCGCUGUGGAAAGGAGGUGCGCUAUGUGAUUGACUAUUACGAUGGCGGUGAGAUCAAUAAGCAGAACCUUACCAUCCUGGACGUGCGUCCUGCCUUUGACUCCCUCAGCGCCGUGUGGGACCGUAUGAGAGUGGCCUGGUGGCGCUGGACCUCCUCUUAAACCCCAACACUCCCCACACUAAUAGCCUGAUCCCAGAUCUGUAUGAUGUCAUGCCAUUCAAUGAUAGUCAGAGAAGUUGGCUAAAUCACAUACAGAUCUGGGACAAGGCUAUCUACUACCACUUAAGAUUCACAGGGUUGAAUACCGUCUCUAUGUUCUCAUUCAUUGAUUUGAGGGAGUACUAAUGUAUUUAUUGACCAGACUCUGGCACUCUGCUAAUAACUAAACUUUUAAUUGACAGCUAGAUUGGUUUCAUUGCUUGAAGUGAACUGUUUUGAUAGACUUUGAGUCCACACGCAAUCACAUGUAUAUUUACUCACUGUAAAAAUGGUUUGUUUGGGAGGACACACUAAUUGGUGGCUUUUCUUUAGUGAAUCUUUUCUCCUAAGUUGAUAAAAUGGAACUGUUUGCUAUUUGUAUCCCGUAUUAUGUUUCAAGUAAAGGCAUGUUUGUAUGGUGUUGUUUUAAGUUAAAUGGAGGGCUACGGGUAUUUGUGGGUUUGUAGCAUGUAUUUAAAGUGUCCCAAUGACUAAAUGCAUCAACUCCCAGGUCAAUGGAAGCAACCAUUUGGAAUGGAUUCUCAAUGAAGACAAAUUGAUAAUGUAUUGUCCCAGAUAAAACAGGUUAAUGUGUA